AUGACUUCCAUCAAUACAACCAGCUUCGCCAAUUUUUCCAAUAAAUCUAAUAGCACCCUUGGAAAUCCAGUACCACCAAGGCCACUUUGGGUAAUGGUAGUUUGGCUCUGUGUGGCAUGCUUUAUUACUGUUGGUAAUUCCAUUCUACUUGUUUUUAUCGCCUUGCAAAAACGCCUUCGAACUAUCUCCAAUUGUAUAUUAAUUAGUAUGUCGUUAGAUGCUAUUUUAAUUGCUGUCUUAUAUUUAGUGCCCAGGCAAGUUCUUGAAGCUAGUACAUUAAAGAAAUCACCACUGUUUUGUAACUUAAGUCUUACAUUUGGCAUAUCAUUUUUUAUUAAUUUAAACUUUCAUAUGUGCAUUCUCAGCUUGGAACGUUAUUUUUCUGUUGUAUAUCCAUUCCGUUAUAAAUCUUUAAUAACACAACGUAAUGUUAUUAUAGUAUUGCUAAUAUCAUGGGCAUUUUCAACUCUAGCUGGUUUUAUACCUUUUAUGAUAUUUUUUAACUUGAGUAAUCAAGUAUGUACAAAUCGCUCCAAUGAUGAACUAGCUGAAACUAUUUAUUAUUAUAUCGUAUUUAUUAUUUUAUUUUACAUACCUUUGAUUAUUAUUAUUGCUACAUAUACUAGAAUUGUAUGGAUUGUUCGUACUAUGAAUAGAAAUCAUCUUAGAACUAAAAAUUCGAUCAUAACUGAGAAAAAAAAUAAGAAAGCACUCCUUCAAGUCAGCAUUAUUGUCGGGAUUUUUUGCCUAUGUUGGAUACCUUAUACAACUUAUUACUUGAUAUUAAGACUGGAUAUGAACGAUUUCUUAAUUUCUAUAUGGCGGCCAUUACAAAUUCUAGCAUUCUCAAAUCCAGCUAUUAGUCCAUUACUUUUUGCCUAUUUUAAUGCCGAUGUGAGGGAAGCUGCUAAAGACUGCCUUAUAAAAACAUCGAAAUUAAACAUAUCGACUUCCGCAGCUACCGAUCUAACAUCAGCCAGGAGCAGUUUCUCCAAAUAUUUACAUAAAUCAAGAUCUCGUGAAUUAACCGAAAAUCGCGGUCGUUUGAUAUCAGCCCUUCCGUCAAUUCCGCUAUCGGCCUCGUCUACAUCAACGGGCAAAAUCACACCAGUUUAA